AUCGAUGAAAAUGAAAUGUUGAUAUCGAUCAUUGAGUACUUAUUUCUGUAAUUAUUCACGCCCAGAUAUUCCUAAAAACACAAUAUGAGCAGCACGGGUGAGCAGUUAACUUUAGCAAGAGAUAUUAAAAGAGCCGUAGAAUUAUUAGAAAAAUUACAGCAAAGUGGUGAAGUGCCUGCUACCAAGUUGGCUGCUUUACAAAAAGUGCUCCAGAGUGACUUUUUAAAUGCUGUUAGGGAAGUGUACGAACAUGUCUACGAAACUGUGGAUAUUCAAGGAUCUGCGGACAUACGAGCAUCGGCCACAGCGAAGGCGACUGUGGCAGCAUUCGCUGCAGCAGAAGGUCAUGCUCAUCCUCGAGUUGUGGAGCUUCCAAAAACAGAAGAAGGAUUAGGCUUUAAUGUUAUGGGUGGUAAAGAACAGAAUUCACCCAUAUACAUAUCUCGGAUCAUACCAGGUGGUGUUGCUGACCGUCAUGGAGGAUUAAAGAGAGGUGAUCAAUUGCUAUCUGUUAAUGGUGUAUCUGUGGAAGGAGAAAAUCACGAGAAGGCUGUGGAACUACUGAAGCAAGCAGUUGGUUCAGUCAAGCUAGUUGUACGCUACACACCAAAGGUGUUAGAAGAAAUGGAGAUGAGAUUUGAUAAGCAGAGGACAGGACGGCGACGCGCAAAUUACAAUUAAACAUUAAUUUAUAUUAAUCCAUAACACUUUUUCUUAUACUCCUUUGUAGAAGAAUUUUUAUUUA